AUGGCAAGAACAAAAUUCCGACCAUGCAUUGACUUACAUAAUGGUCAAGUAAAACAAAUAGUCGGUGGUAACAUCGAGGGAUUAUCUUCUGUUUAUGAGAUUACCUUGCUAAGAAUCGAAUUGUUGAACAGCGAGAAACCAAGCUAUUAUGCUGAACUCUACAAAAAUAAUAAUUUGACUGGCGCGCACGUGAUCAAACUAGGUGCUGGGAACGAUGAAGCGGCGAGAGAGGCUCUAGGAGCUUGGCCUGGUGGUCUACAAAUCGGUGGCGGAAUUACCGUUGGUAAUGCUGAGGAAUGGCUUAAAGCAGGAGCCGAGAAGGUAAUCGUUACAUCCUAUCUUUUUCCUGAUGCGAAAUUUUCGCUUUCGCGAUUACAAGAAUUGUGCGAAAAACUUGGCAAAGAAAAGAUCGUUGUCGAUGUUAGUUGUCGUAGACGAGAAGAAAAAUGGAUCGUUGCUAUGAAUAAAUGGCAGACUAUGACGGACAUGGAAGUAAACAAGGAAUCGUUGGAUCUAUUGGCCAAUUAUUGCAGUGAAUUCUUAGUUCAUGCCGCGGAUGUAGAAGGAUUGUGUCAGGGAAUUGACACCAAGCUUGUGGAACGUCUGGGCGAAUGGACUACAAUACCAACAACCUAUGCAGGAGGUGCAAAUUCAAUUGCUGACCUUGAAUUGGUUAACAAACUAUCAAAUGGAAAAGUGGAUUUAACCUUUGGGAG